GGAAAACCAAAUAACCAAGCAUGCAUCAAUCCUGCAACUAUAUAGACAUUGAAAGUCAAUGUUAAGAACGAUUCUUUUACUAAUGUUUUGAUUUGAUUCACUUAUACAUACUCUUCAAUCCUAGCAUGCUUUAUUGCUUUUUUCAUAUCAUCCCGAAAAACUAAAACCACAUUCUACUGCUACAAAUUCCUGUAUAGUCUUCUCUAUAUAGAUGAGUCGGAGGCGGCAGUAUUAGUCAUCGUUGGCGGCUCUAGUCGCCUCCUCCUCCUCUUCCCUGACGGCGGAGUUGAGAUACGAAGACAGGAGACAAAGUUGAGGUACAGUGCAAGAACAGACCUAUUUAGCAGUUUUGCUUGAUCAUUUGAUCCAAAUACUCAAAGUUCCAGUUGUGGAGAACUUAAUUGGUUGCUAGGUUUAUUCAAAAUGGUGUUUGAUAUGAGUAGAAUUGAUAUGGAGGUUAGUAAGGGAUCUCAGAAGAAUGGGCAAUUGAAUAGUUUGAAAGAUGAAAUUGUUCAACUCACAAGGCUUAGAUCAAGGCCAUGUGAAAACCUGAGAAGAGAACUUGCAAGGAAAAAGGAUGCUUCUAUCUCAACCUUGAAGAUGCUCAUUGCAAGAGAAGCGAAUUACUCCAGAAGAGAAAUUUUGUCAUCAUCUCAUCGUUGUCACAUUAUGAAUAAAUAUUUGCCUAUAAGAGAUCCUAUGGUUGUAGAUAAGAUGCCAAGUAGGGCUUAUGUAUCACAUUUCACUCCCGACGGGUCCCUAUUUAUAGCUGCAUUUCAGGGAAGGGACAUUAGAAUAUAUGAUGUGGACAAAGGUUGGAAAGUGCAAAAGAACAUUCCAGCACAAGGCUUAAAUUGGACAAUUACGGACACAUCUCUUUCACCAGAUCAAAGCCAUCUUGUAUAUGCAACAAUGGCACCCAUUGUGCAUAUUGUAGACGUCGGGUCUUCCGAUAAUGAAUCCCUUGAAGACAUUGAUGAGGUUCAUAAGGGGUUUGACUUCUCGAGUGAUGUGGAAGGUGACCAUUCUUUUGGAAUUUUUACUGUGAACCAUUCAAACGACGGUCGUGAAAUUGUUGGUGGAAGCAGCGAUGAUGCGAUUUAUGUGUUUGAUCUUGAAGCAAGGAAGCUUUCCCUAAGAAUUCCUGCACAUGCGGUCUGGGACAGGCGUUGCCUUAGAACCCAAGGUGGUAAGUCAGCAGGAGUACUUACGGGGCACCUAGAGGGUAUUACUUUUAUCGACAGCCAUGGAGAUGGCCGCUAUUUCAUAUCGAAUGGUAAAGAUCAAUCCAUCAAGCUGUGGGAUAUCCGCAAAAUGUCCUCCAAUAAUAUGUGCGCGAUUUGGUUCAGGAAUUUUGACUGGGACUACAGAUGGAUGGACUACCCGGCCGAGGCAAGUGAUCUGAAGCACCCCAACGACCAGUCUUUGGCUACUUAUAAGGGCCACACUGUAUUGCGUACUUUGGUUCGUUCAUACAUCUCCCCUGCAUUUAGCACUGGACAAAAGUACAUUUACACUGGAUCUCAUGACAAGUGUGUUUAUGUAUAUGAUUUGGUGAGCGGAGAGCAAGUAGCAAAACUGGAGCACCAUAGAUCAACAGUGAGAGAUUGUAGCUGGCACCCCUAUUACCCAAUGCUUGUUAGCUCUUCUUGGGAUGGCGAUAUUGUGAAAUGGGAAUUCAAAGCGAAAGCAGACGAUGAAGAAAAAAUGCAGCCGAUUCCCGCUGCUAAAAGAAAGCCGAGGCGGCGCAUUCCCACUGCUAAAAGAAAACAACUCCGCCACCAAUAAUGUAUUCCUCUACGUAGAAUAGUGUGAAAAGAAAUGGCUUAAAAUAGGAGUUAUAGAAGUAAAUUAAAAUAUGAAUAAAGUUCUAAAAUGUGAACAAGUAUGAGUUUGCUCGCGAAAUAUGACUUGUUUAUUUCGAUUAAAAGUACAACGUUAAAUUUUUUUCAAAAUAGAAAUAAAUGAACCUAUGUGGAGAAUAAAAUAAUGUCACUCCUAUUUGAUAAACUAUAGUAUGUUUUACACAUACCUAACAUUAGUAACAUAGUAACAUACAUACACUAACACAUCUAAUUAACAUAUACAAUGGUAUCCGCUUUUGUGGGGAAAUCCCAGUUGACCAUGAAGUUGUAUCUCUAAUGGGUUGAUGACAAAUGACUUGUAUUCUUGCACCAUAUGUUAUUAGUGUUACUGUGUUGUAUAUCUUUGUCUUUGCAUCUCAACAAGCAUGAAUUUUGUUAGGGUACAAUUGGGAUAGAAAAUGUAUUAGUGUCUCUCCAUGCAUUAAAUAGUUUAUGUUGCUCAC